CGACGUUGUAAUGCACUAUGCAGGAGUUGGUAUCUUGAUGUUUUCGUUCUGUUUGGUUUUUGAGGAAGACGACAAGGGAGGGUAUAUCUUGAUAAUUCCUAGGUCGUGUAGAAGUGAAAAGUACUUGUAACCUGAGAUAAGUAAACUUGAACGUUUAUUUUCACCCAUCGAUAAUUCUACUUCCUAGCCCUACAAGGUGAAGGUGAACUACAUAGUUUUAUAUUUAUAGCAGCGAAAUAACAAUGUCAGCUGCCGUCUCUUCCUCUGCCCCUGUGGUCAACCACCUGUCUUCAUCGGGAGAACAGGGAGGUCCUGGGCAAAGUACCCAAACACCUUCUUCAUCCAGCAGUGCUGCGCGACAAUUUUUCGAGUCGUUUCCACCUUUUUUCACACUACAGCCGAAUGCAGCGACAAGAAACAAACAACUGCUGUUGUGGCAGGAGUUGGUGCUUGCACACUGUAGACAAAACAAGGUCUACACAGUGACAGCGGGGGACGCGAUAUUUCACUUAUGGCAGAUGGAUACGAUGAGUCGAAUCUUUUUAGCAGAAAUAUUUCUUAGAGAAUCAAUUUCUAAAAACUUCUCAAUUUCGCUUGCUCCAUCUUCUACCCCUUCAUCUCCCUCUCCCGCUGUCCUUCAUCUCCCUCUCCCGCUGUCCGCCGACGCUUAUCCGUCGAAGGCUUCGAGGCCCUGUGUACCUUCAUGGUGUCCCAAGGUCGAGCGGAGCUUCUUCCAGGUGGUGGGAUUAGGGUGCACGUAUUAACAAUGCGCGAACUGGCGGAUGCACUGUACAACUUCGCACGAGACACCUGCAGACUCAACAGCGUUGAAACAAUAUACAACCUACUAGAAGGGGACGAAACUACAAAGCAAGUUUUUUAAGGCUCGGGAAAGACGCAAUUCACUUCCAGUUCCAACGGCUAUUUGUCAAAAGAGUAAGUAAGAGUGUCCAGAUGAAGAGCGAAGAUAACGCAUGAGUAAAGAGUAGGAGAGCUUACCCUCUUCUACUGGGCUGGCGAAGAAUAGUUACCAGAUCUACACAAAAAUGAAUGGCUCCGGUAUUUGGUAACCUGAAUUCGAUCACAAGGAUGCCCUUCUUGUUUUCCCUUAUGAUCAAAAUCAGGCUACCGAAUACCAGAACAAUGCAUGACGUUUUCUUCCGUCCCUCUAAGUCUUCUACGGCUUGCCAAAGGAGUCGGUUUUACAGGCUUUGAGACUACUGAACACGGAAAGGAAAGCAGAAAUACUGUCAGUGGCAGAAGAAGGCGCAGAAGAUGGCGUGAAAUUCUUUGGAUGAUUGAUGAUGCGGAAGAGCUUUGAAUAAAAGCGCAUAGUAUGCGUAACCUUACAGAACGUUAUUUACUGUACAACCACGCCUCGCGCUCACAUCAUUUUUCCGAACGCAACCCCAAGUCCCUUGUAUAUCCGCUAUACAAAUUCAAAUAUACUACGGUGAUCCCGCUCCAGCACCAGCACCAGCAGGAGACUUUACAUUAUCAUACCAUGUGACAUUGUGAUGUAAUCCCUUGUGUAGAAGAAACUGAAGAGGAC